AUGGAUUUACAAACUACAACCUCUUUUUUAGGCUCUCCGGUCUAUAAGUCCGUUGAAGAUCUUGCGGCCACUUUUCAAGGCUUGUCAGUUUCUCAGAAUAGCCCUGAAGAUCAUUACCCAAGCUACCAGCUACCCACGUCCAAUUACCGAUACGCAUUUGACAAAAUUAUCACAUUCAUCAAUGAUAAUAUCUGCAUAUUACCCGAAAACGAGAUCAAGGUCACCCGCACGUUUGCUGGACCUUUCACCCCUGGUGGAUUGCUAGUCCUAAUGCAAGAGCCUCUCGCCAGUCACCCUUGGGCCGAUGGCCUUGACAAGGUUAUUUCGACUUGUCCAUCUUUGGAUGCAUUACGGGAAGCCGUAUUGAAUGUCUCGAGUGGUGAACAAUGUAUCACCAAAAACGUUUCUGUCAUCGAUAGAUGGCCGUUUCUACACAAGAGCCUACACGAAAAACUAGAGAAGACCUGUGAAGAUGAGAUGAGGGCAUACGACAGACUAGUUCUCGCUGCGAUACGUGCAAAACAGCCAGAAGUCAUACUCUGUAUGGGAAAGGGAACAAUCUGA